CGUGUCGAGCGAGUCAUCCCUGAGGCCGCCACGAUGAAGGCUUCGGCUCUGGUGUACGCUGCUGCCUGUGCGGUUUUCAGUGUGGGCGUCGCUGCUGCUGCCACUGCCGCCGGUGUGAGCAAGCCUCUGCCGGCCGCAGGGGCUGCCAAGCCUCCGCCUCCUGCUGGGGCUAAGCCUCCUCCAGGGGCUUCCAUGGCCGGAGGUCCCGCCGGCUCUGCGAAGCCUUCUGGUUCCAAGUCUUCCUCGGCCUCUGGUGGCGGCAUGGGCCCAAGCAGCUUUAUGCCCGGGGGUGGCAUGGGCAGCUUUAUGCCUAGUGGCAUGGGUUCUGGGAGCAUGGGCAGUUUUAUGCCAAGUGGCAUGGGCUCUGGCGGUAUGGGCAGCUUCAUGCCCAGUGGCAUGGGCUCUGGAGGCAGCUUCAUGCCCAGUGGCAUGGGCGCAGGCGGUGCAAGCAGCUUCAUGCCCGGCGGCGCUGCUUCUGGUGGCUCGGGCGCCAGUGGGUCUAUGGGCGAACCAACCAUGUCUCCAGCUGUGGCCAAACUGGUAGCCAAAUAUGAAUCGGCUGCGACUAACUUCAUGGGAAUGGGAGCCGCUUAAAUUCACUUGUUCUUGACCUGGACUGUGGUUCCCUUGUGGUUCCCUUCCCUUCUACAUCGCCGUCUUCAGCAAUUUACCACACGCUAGUCUCCCAUAACCCGAAGGAACUGUUUAAAAUGAAUCUGUGAAGUCUAUAUUACGAGGCAGUGAACAGAACGAGCUCUCAACAACUCUCAGGGGGUCGGAUAUUGUCUAAAAAGUCAAUGGAAGAAGGAAAAUGGUUACUUCGUGCUGACGCGCCUUUUUCCUCUUUCGACUGUGAAAUGCAAAUAAAAAUAUGGCUGUUGGGAAA